GCCGGGCGAAGAAAGCGCUGGAAGAACGAAGCACGGCGUGGACCACGAGCCGUCGCCUCGUGUGGCAUUUGCCGGACCAGCAACGACGGAAUGCAAAGCGUGCUGGCGAGCUGCAAGGCGGCCUGGAGCGGCACAACGGAAAGGGGACGAGAGGAGGAGCGCAGAGAGCAAGAGAAGCGGGAGGGGCGAGGUCGGAGAAGAUGGAGAAGUACGGAGACGGACUUUGGGUCAUGGCCACGACCAAGUGGGCGGAUGGAUGGCCAGCAAACGGAAGAAAAGCUCUGCUCUGGUUUCCACUGAGCUUGGCGUCGAAGCCGUGUGCCAUGCGAGGGCAAUCAUGGAGCCAAAGGCAGUGGAUAAGUUCGGGCAUCAGGAAACAUAAGUCGCAGAUCUUGCUCGGCCAUGGCGGUGACGACGGUGGCGAUGACGAGAACGAUGACGACGAAGGCGGUGGCGGCGUCGGCGGCGUCGAUUGGGAUCAACGUCUCACCGUGUGAACGUCAUCAAGCGAGCGAGCAGAGGAACAACGAUCUCCGAGUCGAGCAUCAAUCUCACGUGCUUUCAUAUCCUCAGGUCUGAGGUCUUUUUGUUACGAUUGAC